GCACGGUUAUUGCAAUCACGUUGAGCGCGCCGCUGUCUGUGACAGUGGCAUCAUCCCGACUGUGUGAGAGAGAGAGAGAGAGAGGAAGACAUCAAACGACAGUAGUGGUAAGCGGAGGUUUAUAAGAUGUUACAGCGCGGCUUUCUCAACACUUCAGCUGUGGCAGUGCCUUUACAAUGUGUUGGAUUCUUUUGUGGAGCGUUGGCUAUGUGAUUGCGAGUUCCUUUUGAGUGCGUUCCAGAGAGGAAAAGGCUCCAAUUAUCAACCGCAGGUGUGAAGUACACGUGUUCUGACACCUUGGCAACCAACAAUCACAAUCAAUCCGUCUGUCUGCUGAAGGAUACACUUGCUCGUUAAAAACCACCUGGAGUGUCUCUUCUGUUGAACCCCCCCAGUUUUCUCAGUGGACGGUAGACAACACUUCUUAUUGAGUCUUUCCCAGUUCAAUUUCACAAAAACAAAUUGUAUCACAAAGAUGCGACUGAACUGUCCCCCCAUGUGGAGUGUGGUUAGCGUGUUGACUGUGGUCGUACCCCUUUGGGAGAUGGGCUGCUCUGGCCUGACCUUGAACUCAGUGCCCCUGCAUCGGAUCGGGACGUACCAAAGGUGCGGCGAAGGGGGGACACACCACAGGCAGAGGCGCAGCUGGGUGUGGAACCAGUUCUUUGUGCUGGAGGAGUACAUGGGGGACGAGCCACUCUACGUGGGCAAGCUGCACUCGGAUGUGGACAAGGGUGAAGGGCGGGUGAAGUAUGUGCUCAAUGGCGAGGGAGCUACCUCCAUCUUCACCAUCGACGAGAACACGGGUGACAUACAUGCCACCAAGCGUCUGGACCGCGAGGAGCAGGCUUACUACACACUCCGGGCUCAGGCCAGGCACCGCGACACCAACCUGCCCGUGGAACCAGAGUCUGAGUUUGUCAUCAAGGUCCAGGAUAUUAACGACAAUGAGCCCAAGUUCCUGGACGGGCCCUACUCAGCCAGAGUCCCCGAGAUGUCCCCGGUGGGCACGUCUGUGGUGACGGUGGUGGCGACAGAUGCGGAUGACCCCACGUAUGGAAACAGUGCCAGGGUGGUCUACAGUAUCCUCGAGGGCCAGCCCUACUUCUCUGUGGAACCAAGAACAGGCGUGGUCAGGACGGCUCUGCCCAACAUGGACCGCGAGGCGCGGGAACAGUAUCUGCUCGUCAUCCAGGCCAAGGACAUGGUGGGCCAGAUGGGAGGACUCUCCGGGACCACCUCCGUCACGGUGACGCUCACUGACGUCAACGACAACCCACCACACUUCUCUCGCAAAAGUUAUCAGUUCAGCGUGCCCGAGUCCCUGCCGGUGGCCACUAUGGUAGCCAAGAUAAAGGCGCUAGACUCAGAUGUGGGACCCAAUGCUGAGAUGGAGUACAGGAUCGUGGAUGGGGACGGGCUAGGGUUGUUCCGAAUCACCCCCGACCCAGACACACAGGAGGGCCUCAUCACUCUGCAAAAGGGCCUGGACUUUGAGACCCAAUCGAGCUACACCCUGCGUGUCCAGGCGUCCAAUAGAAACGUCGACCUGCGAUUCCUCUCCCUGGGGCCGUUUAGCGACACAGCGACCGUGCGCCUCAACGUGCAGAACGUGGACGAGCCGCCCGUCUUCUCCUCGCCAUUCAGCAAGAUGGUAAUCUCGGAGGCGGCAAAGGUGGGCACCACCAUUGGAACCAUCUCCGCACGCGACCCAGACUCCACCAACAGUCCCAUCAGGUACUCUAUAGACCGUAACACCGACUUGGAGCGCUUCUUCAACAUAGACGCCGCCACCGGUGUCAUCAGCACCGCCAAGCCGCUGGACAGAGAAGUCAACGCCGUACACAACAUCACCAUCUUCGCCACGGAGAGCUUUGACCCACUACAAGUGGGAAAGGGCAUAGUUCUGAUCACAGUGACGGACAUCAAUGACAACGCGCCUGCCUUCGCCAUCGAGUAUGAGACCUACCUUUGUGAGAGUGCCAGAGCUGGACAGGUCAUUGAGACCAUCAGUGCUGUGGACCGAGACGAGCCUCAGAGUGGACACCGCUUCUUCUUCUCCCUGACCGCCGAGGCUGCUGGGAAUCUCAACUUCACCCUGAGAGACAACAAAGACAACACCGCUUCUGUGCUGACCAAGCGAGGGAGCUUCCAGCGCCGUCACCAGACCGUGUACCACCUCCCCGUCCUCAUCAUGGACAGCGGGAGCCCCGCCCUCAGCAGCACCAACACCCUGUCCAUCCGGGUGUGCAACUGCGACCCUGAUGGGGCCCCCCAGUCAUGUGGGAGUGAGAAGUCCAUGCUCUCAGCGGGCCUCAGCACCGGAGCCCUCGUCGCCAUCCUGGCCUGCAUCCUCACACUACUGGUGCUGGUCCUGUUGAUCAUCACCAUGCAGCGACGGAGGAAGAAGGAGCCCUUGAUCCUGGACGAGGAGCGUGACGUGCGCGAGAACAUUGUGCGCUACGACGACGAGGGCGGCGGCGAGGAGGACACUGAGGCCUUCGACAUGGUCGCUCUGCGCAACCUCAACGUGGUCCAUGAGAGCAGCUGCAAGACCCGCCGUGACGUCACCCCGGAAUUCCCCACCCUCUUCUCGUCUUCCCGGCCGCCGCCGGACAACGGCGUCUUCCGUGAGUUCAUCUGGGACCGGCUGAAGGAGGCCGACGUGGACCCGUCGGCGCCGCCCUACGACUCGCUGCAGACGUACGCCUUCGAGGGCAGUGGCUCGGCCGCAGAGUCCCUCAGCUCGCUGGAUUCGCUGAGCAUGGACUCUGAGCAGAACUACGAAUACCUUAGCGACUGGGGGCCACGCUUCAAGAAGCUGGCAGACCUCUACGGCCACAGCGACGGCGGCAACCUCUUCGCCUCCUAGCCCUCGGUCGAGCCCGCCGAACCAUCACCGCGGACAACAGAAUACACAAGUGAAGGAAACCGAAGGAUAUGACUACGGAAUACAAGAAAGGACAUUUUAGACGACGAAAGGAUGAUGCUGUACUCUUGAGAGGACAUUGGAUUGGUGUGUAUAUAAACGCAUCAAUGUGGGCGAGAAUAAACCGUAGGAUGGUGGUUUUCCAUUCAAAAUGUUUUUUUAUGGCACUCUGCACACUGGCUGGAUUUUUUGAAAGAAAGACAUUUUGGGAGAUUUUGUUAGUAAUAUUUAACAUGAUGGAAAUGAUGCAAAUCUUUAAAACGUUCGGACGGGCUCCAGACCCUUUGAAAGGACCUCAACGAACAAAUGUCCAGAAAUGUCUCAUGUCACAGUGAUGUUCAAAACGGGACGAGGAGGGAACCGAUAUCUAUGCUUCAGUGGUAUUACAUCAGUAACAUGUUCAAGUACAACAUCUUGUCGCGGUCAAACGAACAGUGUGACCUCUUGAAUUGGCCCUGCAGUCUGUCACAGGGUUCACUAUGAUCUGUAACAUUUUUUUUUUUAAAUUGAUAUUUAGGGGUUCACAUCUUUGCUGUGAAACCUAUUGUUAUUAGAUUUAAAAAUGUUCCUUGACAUGGUCAAAUAACUCAAGCAUAGAUUGGUAACUUAUUUUCUAAUUUGACACACAGAAACUAGACAUGAGUAACUUGGUCAAAAAUAAUGCCGCCGAUUGGCCUAUAGGUGGCGCUGUUAUAAGCAGUCUCACUUCAACCCUCAUAUCCACCGCCCUGUUUGACCUAGAGACUUGAAACGUUGUAUGUAGGUGUCUUUCCUCAUGCUGAACAAAUUUACCUCAAGGACCCAUAAGGCCCGUCAGGAUAGGUUUUCCUUCAUCUUGGACAUUUUGGAAAACCUUUUGAAAAACGUAUUCUCGUGAUCCAAAUAACACACAAAAAAAAUAAAGCGAAGGGAUUGGUUAACAGAUGGCAGAGUAAUUAAUGAAUCAGGAAAUCUGAUUUACGUGUCCAUCUAAAUCCUUCGUAAAUCCACUUCACAAUGGCCUAUCAAUUUGUAACUUCUUAGGGUCACCAAAUACAUUACCAUGAUUAACCAUGUUAAGUUUGGCAUUGAUAUCUUAAAGGCAGAAUGUAGCCGUUUUUAUAUCGAUAUCAAAUCAUUUCUUGGUAACAAUUAAGUACUUUACUGUAGUAGUUUUCCAUUGAAAUUGACAAAAAUAGCUUUUUAGCAAAUAACUAUUUCUCAAGCAAGAAGGAUUGUCUGGGAGUGGUCUA